AUGGCGCUACAGCGGCAUAUAGUUUCCCCGGGGAAUGUGAGUAACGAUGCCGCGCCGAUCCCAGCUAAUAGUUUAAUAACACUAUCCAUGAAACUUCACGAAGAUUACCCUUCGAUUUUAUGCACUAUUAUACUUAAUGUUAGGGUCAUUCUGUUGAUGCGUGAUCCCCGUGGUUUAAUGCAGUCCAGACGGCACCGGCGAUUCUGUGAGCUGUCCUCAGACUGUUGGGAGCCAUCACUUGUGUGUGCUGACAUGAUUAGUGAUUAUGUUGCGGCUCGGAACAUAAUGCAGCGAUAUCCAGGUCGGCUAUUAGUGGUACGUUUUGAAGAUUUAGCUUUGAAGCCAGAUAUAACCACGCAGAAAAUUCUGGACUUCAUGAGAGUCGAUGGAAGAAAGGCGUUUGACGAGUUCCUUCAGUCCCACACCAAUAUGGAGGUAGCCGGUGUGCACUCCACUUUCAAGGUCACUCGAAACAUUCCUUUUAAAUGGAAAUACACGUUGGAUUAUAACUACGUUAAAGAUUUACAGAUAGCUUGUAAAGAGGCCAUGCGUUUAUGGGGUUAUAAAAUGGUGUACAACGAGACGCAUAUGAUGAGCAAUGAGUUCAACCCCGUAGAGGAUUAUACCAUCUCAAAAUGA